UUUAACGCGAAAAAUUUUAAAUAAAAAAUACGAAAAAACGUUUGAUAAAUAUUGAUUAGUUCGGACAACGUAGUGGUGGAUUACAUAAAAUUGAAACACUUAACGACAAUAAUAAAAUACCGUAAUACUGUACUGUACAUAGGAGAGAUGAUCACCCUGGAGAUAGUAAAUUUGGUUAGAGUUCCUGGGUCUAGGAAAAAAUCUAUUAAGAGGGAAUGAGGAACCCAGCCUUGCAUUCGGUUGGGAUAGCGACGUCCCCUGGAGGAGGCGAAGUCUUUGGCUCGAGGGCCGAGGAGGAGUUGCGCCAGUGGCUUGAGACACGCCUGGACGCAUUGGGGAUUAACCCAGUUGCGCACUCGCGAUUUGUACUCAGCCUAUUGCGCCGCCCCGACUCGGCCCUAAGUCCUCCAGAAGAGGCAAUUGAGUUGGGUAGAGACAUAGGACGUCGCAUAGGAUGUGCCCGACUUAAAGCAAAGCUGCCAACGCAUGGUAAUGGGGAACAACGACAAGCUGUUGUGCAAUGUCUAACGAAUGCUGCUGAUAACAAAUGCGGAGUAGAUGCUCUAAUUGAUGAACUGUGCAUAAAACUGAAAGAAUUAGAAGGGGGCUCAUAUGAUGAAAGAGAAGAAUCCGAGAAAUUUUGUGAUGAGCUCAAAACAAAUUUAGAAGCACUCACACUUCGUGACAACUUCGCUCUGCAAUACUACGCAGCAUUUCAUAAAGACUUCUGCACAGAAGUAUCUUUCAUAAAGACUUCUGCACAGAAAGAUAUAAACUUUGCCAACAGCAACAACAAUAAAAACUACGGAAUUAAUUUGCACAAUAUAAAUAACAUCGCUCGAAAUAAGACUAAAAUGUCUAUCAACAUCGAAUCACAUAGAUCAGAAGAUAAAGAAAGCUUUGGAUUUGUCAAAUCAAUGGAACGGGAAAGGGAAAAGGAACUCGAUCAGUUGAAAUUAGCGCAAUUAAAAGCAAAGUUUGAUAGCUUAGAAACACUUUGGAAUUCAGCACCAGGCAAUGCACAGGACACAUCUUCAAUAUGGGCAGCUCCAUCACUAUCUAUUCCUUCUAAACCUCUUUGGCCCACAGACCCUACCAGGACAAUCUUCACUUUACCCACUUCAGAUAAUGGCUAUGCUACUGACACAUCAAACCAAGAAUCAAUUAUUGACGAAUCACCGCUUAUUCCAUGGGAUAUUGAUCUAAUCAGCAUUGAAGAUAAUGCAGAUGAAUGUAGCAAUAAAGAUAAAGAAGAUUACAAUAUAAGUUGGUUAGAUUCGUUUACGGAUGGACCCUGGUGCUGUAAAGGAAUUAAAACUACCUUUUCUACAAACACCUACUGGUGUUGUCCCAAAGCUCCGCUGUCCAUAGAUCCCUCUUUCUUUUCAGCAUCAUUUAAAACUCCGCUUGAAGUUAGCAAGGAAUCUCGUUCGAGUCUAAAGGUAAACAGCCUUCCAGAACCAGACGAGGAUCUAUUGACUUCCGCACGUACUCACUUUCGUCCGAUAAAGGACGAUGGUCACUGGGCAGAUGGCACGACGUUUCCUGUGAACAAUACAGUAGAACGCGUCGCUUAUCGCAGAUCUGAGUCAGGAAAUUUACUAUAUCUUCCUGGCGGAGAAAGCCCUUAUAUGGAGUACCGGGAGAAUGACACGGUAGCAUUGCCCGCGUCUACGAAUUUAACGCUAAAGUUUCGAGUGCGUCAGUGCGACAAGAGCGUUCAAACUGAGCCCGUACGAUCUCCGGUCAAACGCCGCAUUCUCUCCGAACAAGAUAAUUUUCACUAUUCUCCAGUCGGAGCUGAAGAUGUCAUUUUACAAGAACAAGAAGAUAUCGAAAAAGAUUCUUUUGCUUUGGAUCAACUUAGCUGGAUACAAUCGAGUGUACUACCUCUGUAUAAUGAUAGAAAAAGAAGACACAGUAGCAGCUUCGGAUGCCAGCCACUGAGGAGUUUGCGUCCAUUGACCUUGUGAACCGGAUAAUGUGUAAGAGGGAGCUGCUAAAUAAUAUACUAUAUGACUGGAGAUUUGAGGUUUAGCUAUACUUUUUUUUCGCAAGAUAAAAAAGCAAUUGAUAGGAUUGUGAAUGGGGGUCCUCUUGGCAUGUGGAAUUUGUUAUGCAUGUAUCCAAGAAGGCAUGAGUAAACCCCAUCGUCACUCGUAAUAAGCAACAUGCAAUCGAAAACACAAAGCAAAACACGAGAAUAUUAACUAUUCAUUUAGGUAAUUAAUAUUAACCCUUUGAGAGAG